GAGAAGAAGGGAUGACAGGGCGGAGCCUGAAACUCCAGAAAGCGGAGAGAUGACCGACUUCGACACAGAUUGGAGCAGGAUGGCAAGAGAGCACCUGACCGAUGAAAGGACUCCGCUACCGGCAAGCGUGCAACGCUCAAGAUUGAAACUUUGUAUCAUCUUGUGUUUGUGCAUCAUAGCAACAUGUGUAGUCAUGAUAAGCCUCAAAGCCAAUUCAAAAGUGAAGCCCAUCUAUGCUUCACAUGACACCUGCCCUGGACACUUAGCCAAGGACGCUCUAACACCAAUUGAUGGCUCAAAGCAUCUAAUGAUUUCUGCAUAUAAGGAUUACAGAAAAAGUGGAGUCACACGCAUUUUAGCAAUAAUAAACAAAGACCAUCCUACACCUUUAUACUGCAUCUUUUGUUGCUCAGGAAACAGAUCUAAAGAAACGAUAGGUUUGGUCAAAACAAACAGUGUCCAUUACGGCUACCCCUAUUCGGCUGCUGAUGUAUUUUGCAGCGAGGAGCCUGGAUGCAGUGUCACACACAUUACUCUUGUCACACAUGAUGAUGCUGGGGAGUAUGGGAAGAUGCAGUUUCUAACUGUACAGAACAAGGAGAGAAAGGAGGAGGAUUUUCAAUUUUUCCUAACUGUGUGCAUGUCAAGUAUGUUUGGAAACUACAAUAACAUUCUCCAGUUUGUCCAGACCAUGGAGUUUUACAAGCUGUUCGGAGUUCAGAAGGUGUUUCUCUACCUCACUAGCUGUAGCCUUGACAUGGAGAAGGUUCUCCAGUAUUAUAUUCACGAGGGCUCCUUAGAGAUUAUCCCCUGGCACAUAACCAAGUUCCUCCACCCUUCCACCGGAUGGAAGCCAGAGGAACUUGAAGGAGACAUUCAUCUCAACGGACAAAUAAGCGUUAUGAACGAGUGUUUUUACAGAAACAUGUAUAGCUCUCGGUAUGUGCUCCUGGCUGAUGUGGACCAGCUUGUUGUUCCGUACCAGCACACCUCACUGGUGCAGAUGCUGCAUGAACUGCAGGAGCAGAAUCCUGGGGCGUCGGUGUUCCAAGUAGAGACCAUCGGCUUCUCUGAGACACCCGUUCUGAAACACGAUAAGAGACCCUUCAGUGGACCAGGGACGGACCUCCUGGAACACGUCUACAGGCAACCUGGCCAAGUGGGCAGCUACAGGAGUCACAAGAUGGUGCUCAAUCCCAGACUUGUGCUCCAGGUGGCCAUGUUUGAAGUGCUACAGAGUUACGGGUAG